UUGUGAUCAGAAAGCAGCAUCCAUUCAAGAAGAGGCUGGCCAUUUGGCUGAGGAGUUGGAUCGUAUAAGCUCUGAGAACAAGAAGCUGAAUGAAAUGUUAGCUCGCAUGCGUGAGAACUUCAAUACUUUGCAAAGCCAUUUGAUAGAUAUCGAGAGCAAAAACUCCCCAAAGGAAAUAUUCAUUAAAUCGAGGAAGAGAAAGGCCGAGGAAGUGUAUUUUGGAAAUAUGUUUAGCCACUCUAGCGAUGAAGAGUCAUAUUGCAAAAAGCCAAAGACCGAGAACUUCAACACCAAGGUUUCAAGGGUUUGUGUACGGACGGAUGCAUCCAACACGAACCUAGCUGUGAAGGAUGGAUAUCAGUGGAGAAAAUAUGGCCAAAAGGUCACUAGAGAUAACCCAUCUCCAAGAGCUUAUUUUAGGUGCUCCUUUGCACCAAACUGCCCAGUCAAGAAGAAGGUGCAAAGAAGUGCUGAAGAUCCAUCUAUUUUGGUAGCCACAUAUGAAGGAGAGCACAAUCACGUGCACCCUUUUCGAGCUGAUCAAUUAUCAUCAUCAUCAGGAGGCUCGAGCCAAUGUGCAAACCUUGGUUCUGUUCACUCAUUCUCAUCCAUGAGAUCUUCAUCACGUCCUACGGUGACACUUGAUUUGAUCCAGUCUGGAUUGUGCCAAAGUGCCAAAAACUCAAUCCAACAUGUUGAUUCACCCGCUUUCCAGCAGUUUUUGGUCCAACAAAUGGCUUCUUCCUUGACAAGAGAUCCCAAUUUCACAGAAACACUUACCGCGGCCAUUUCCGGAAGAAUUUUAGACUAUACUCAGAAUUGAAAAAUCGGACAUUAGCAGUACACUUAUAUAGACAGUUUAUAUAUAUUGUUGUUUUUUGGCUCCAUGCACUCGGAAAUAGCUAGCGUACGUAGGGCUAGCUGUAAAUAGAAUUCGAAAGUAAUGGAUCUUUUUCUUUUCUUUUCUUUUCUUUUUUUAUUCUAAGUACCUCUUUGUAUUGAGCUUCAAGGGCUCGUGAAUAUGGGUAGUUUUCUUUGUAUAUUUUUCAGCAAUUUAGGCUAUGACCUUAAUAACUUUGUCGA